GAGAAGGGUUCCCACAUCGAGUUCCAGUUUGACUUUGGUGAUGGCACGACAACAGUGGUACAGGGGAGAGAAGAGAUGUUCCUUAACUACGUCAAAGGCAGCACGUCUCACAGAUAUACACAGGAGGGAGUGUUUAACAUCACGGUGACAGCAAUAAAUCCCCUUGGCAACAGAACAGCAACACUUGACAGGCUGUUCUAUGUACAGGCCUCACCGUUUGGAUUAAAGCUGGAUAAAUCCAUUUACUACACAAAACUUGGUGAUGUCACUGUUAUGCGUGCUACUUUCUCUCAUGGUACCAAUGUAACAUUUGACUGGAAGCUCGGAGACCAGACUGAUAUACUCAACAACUCAGGCUCGGUGAUGAGACACACGUACCAGACACGGGGAGAGUUCAGUGUGACGGUGAUAGCCAGAAACAGAGUGUCUUCCCAAACAGAACACGCCUUGGUGGUCGUCCAGAGUCUGAUACAAGGGGUGAGGUUGAUAACGAGCACCAACAUCACUGAGACGAACCAGGUGAUUGAGCUGAGAGCCGAGACGUUACCAGAACCGGGUCUGGGGACGUACCAUCACUGGAACCUGGGGGACAACCAGAAAGGAGUCCAGACAACAGAACCGGAGAUAGACUACAGAUACAGGAGAAACGGAAGAUUUAUUGCGACAGUAAAGGCUUACAACAAUAUCAGUCAGGCGGAGUCAGUGCCGGUAGAAAUCACCGUCCUGUCUAAAGUGAAGAACCUGGAGGUACGCUGUCUGAACGACUCGCUGGUUAACACGUCGCUGGAAUUCGCUGCGCUGAGUUACUCCGGCUCUAAUCUGACGUAUGUCUGGGACUUUGGAGACGGCACUCCUCCUCUACAGUCCACAGUCACCGGGCCUCAAAUCAGACAUACUUAUGUCAACGUGGGGAAGUACUUUGUGACCUUGACGGCCUACAACCAGAUCAGUAACGAGACAGACCGGAUAGAACUGUUUGUACUGGACCGAGUCUGUAAACUGCCAGAGUUUGACAUCCACAGCCGAGAGGUCACACAGGUUUCUCGAUCAGACCGGAUCUAUUUUGAGGCUGAGAUAACUCGCCUUCACUGUGAGUACACGCGUGAGAUAGAGUAUCAGUGGAGCUUUGUGAAGACACUCUCUAAAACUCCUGUGUUGUUCAAAAACAUGGAUCUUCCCCAGCUCCAUCAGCGAGUCCUUAAUCUUCCACCGAGAUAUCUAGAGCCAGGAGAAUACACACUGUCACUGAUGGUUAAGUACAGUGGUACAAUAGUGUAUGCUAUAAAGAAGACACAGUUUGAGGUGGUGCCAGCUCCACUCUCAGUCCACAUAGACGGUGGGGCCUUCAGACGGGUGGGUCAUACAGGAAACAUCACACUGAACGGAACAGAGUCUACAGACCCAAACUCACAGGACUCAGCUCAGUUAAGGUUUAACUGGACAUGCAGCCUAAGUCUGACAAACAUUGAGGAGCCCUGUUUCCUUGACAACCAGACUUUAGACCUGACUGAGUCGAUGCUGAGUUUUCCCGCCUCCUGGUUAGAGUCAGGAAGACAGUAUCUCUUCAUCUUAAAUGUCUCCACAAACGGACUAGCUUCCCAGAACAGCACACAAGUCAUAGAGGUGGAGUCCGGGUAUAUCACUAUAGAUGUGGGCCUGAGAUGUCCUCUGUGUCAGCGUGAUGUCAUCAAUGAGAAUGAACCAAUCAGGAUAGAGGCGGUUUGUCCCGAGUGCGAGGGUCAGACUGACGUUAGCUAUGACUGGACGCUGUGGUACGUGGAGGGAUACCAGGGGAUAGAGCCGCAGGAACCAAAGACCUGUAUCACCGCCGGGGAGUCACAGUUUGAACUCCUGAAGAAGUCGAACAGGACAGUCGUAAAGACAAUCACAGCUACAGGUCCAACUACCAAAGAAUAUAAAACUGAGGUCAGCACUACCUCGACUACAACAGCUUCAGAAGUAACACUUAACCUUGGCCCUGUGAUAAAUGAAGAUAGGUCAUCCAAGAACAGGGUCAUCACCAAUAGCAAUGGAGAUGUUACCACUAACAAUAAAGAAGAAGACAAGAUGGACUCAGACUUUCCCUUUAUCUCUGAGAACACUAAGGCUGUUGGUCGACGUAAGCCCGGGCUGACGAAACCGGAGCCCGGGAUUGUGUUUCCUGUGGAGGGGUCCCCUGGGGAGGUGGGCAGUUCUGAUGGCAGGAUCCCAGGACAAAUAGACAGCAUGGGAGAGAAAGAAGGCAGGGGUAGGGACCCAGGACAGAACACUGGAAGAGGGGGAGGGGAUGAUUCAGACAAAGUUCAUGACAAUGAGGAUCAGCAGUCUGUUCCCAGUGACUCUAUAGAUCUACUGAUUAACAGGAGAGCCAGCUUGAUGAUGAUCGCGCCUCACCAGACCAGCACGCCUGCCAACUCAAGGGCACUGGUCAUCAGACCCUACCAGCUGUCAGCGGCGAGAGCAUAUGUCAUCUCCCUCAAAGUCAAACAUGGUCAGAAAACAGGAAUGGCAAAGGAGACAUUUUACGUGAACUCGGGGCCAAUUAAUGGGAACUGUGAGGUGGCACCACUGUCAGGGGAAGAGUUCAGGACAGAGUUCAAGGUCUUCUGCAGGGAAUGGCAAGACCAGCAACAACCUAUUCAGUAUCAGGUGACCUUUGACCUGGGCAAUAACCAAUCAGAAGUCAUCUUGUACCGGGGCCUAAAAAAGAGUCUGCUGUUUACUUUACCUGCCGGCUUACCUGAAAAUAAGUUUAAAGUUUUCCUGAAGGUCUCAGUGCUGGAUGGACGAAAUGCUGCGGUACGACACUGCGUCACCUCCAUACAAGUCAGACCGGGCGCGACAAGUACGACCCCCGCACGGACCGGCGCAGGAGAUAGGACCAGUACAGCGGCCAGAGAUAGAACCAGUACAGGGACGACGGAACACCAAGGUCACGUAGAAUCAGGAAGUGAAAUCACAGACCACAAAAUAUUGGAGAUGAAGAAGAAAUAUGACGCCAGUUUGAAUAAAGACAACAGUCAGACUCGACUCCUAGCUCUGUACCUGGCCAUGCUGCUCAACAAGGGAGAUCACCCCCAACACAACAGUCUCUACAGGGGAGAGAACUCCAGCUAUGAUGCUGGAUUUAGACAUCAGGUUCUUUAUUCGCAGAUAAUGAGGAACCUCUGGAACCUGCCUAUACAGGACGAGGUAGAAGUGCUUCAGACACUGCAGGCUUUAGUACAGCUGACCUCAGAUUCACACAAGAUGAGCCAGGUGUCUCUCAGUGAUUCUACCUCCCUCCUACACAGACUCUUGGAGACGACCUUGACCUUGUAUGCCCAGAGACAGUCCCCCAUCCAGGGACUCCUGACCUUGGCCGUGGAAGCAGGGUCAAACAUCAUCAAGGCCGUCUCUAGGGCAGCCAUUGUUAACAAAGAUCUGUGGUUCUUCAGAGAGAAACUGUCCCAGAGUAUAAAGGCACUGGAAAGGUUUAUCAAGGUUAGCUCCCAUACCGAUCCAUUCCAGUUUGUUCAGAGAGGAGAAUUUAGUGUUAACUCUGAAGUUACUUCACUGAAUGUUUAUGAUUGCCAUGGAAACGGCCUAAACAGUCUCCAGGAUGAUGACCCAGUAACCAUUCAGUUACCACGGCAACAACAGAAGACUCAACAGGAGACAGUGUAUCAGCUACAGAAAUCCACCAUGAAUGUCCACCAGUUUAACUUGACUAAAACCAGCAUCCACCAAACACUGCACAUACAUGUAAAGAUGGUGCCAGAGAAUCGUGGCAGACUCUUCCCAACAGCUCUCCUUAUUGGAUACAAGAACCACCCUACCCCUCAGAGGUUCCUCCUGAAGAAAGAAACUCCAGCCACAGAAAACGAAAUCCAGAUGUUCUUACCAGCCGGCUAUUUCAAUGUUUCAGGAGAGUACUUUCUGGGUUUGGUGGAUGCUAAAUAUAACGCGGGCAGACCCCGCCCCGGGCAGGUACUGACACGGAACUACACACUACAGAUCUGGCACACACAGUGUCUAUACUGGCAGCAGGAGGAAACCCAGUGGUCACGUGACGGCUGCUGGACAACCUACCAAUCCACGUAUCACGUGACUCAUUGCAGAUGUAACCAUCUUUCCACUUUUGGCGCCUUCUUUGGAGAGACCGUACCUGUGUUAACACUAAUUCCUGUAGAAACCUUCUUUGAAGCCAACAAGAACGCCGUGUGUAUCACUGUCCUGGUGAUGUCGUUGGCUGUAUACACUAUUCUGAUGGUACUCUGUCAUAAGAUGGACCAGCACGACGCCCGGAAGGGAGGGAUUCUCUACCUCAGAGACAACGCGCUCAGUGACCAACAGAAAUAUGAAAUCAUCGUAGAGACGGGCUUCCGUAGGGGAGCGGGAACCACUGCAAAAAUAAGCAUUAUUCUUCAUGGUGAAGAAGGGAUGUCAGGAACAAGGGAGUUAAUCAGUGACGAUGAUAGACCAAUGUUCGAGAGGAACUCCAGAGACAAAUUUAUCUUAACACUACCAGACAGUAUUGGUAAAAUCUGGAAGGUUCAGAUCUGGCACAACAACUCUGGUUCCUCCCCCAGCUGGUACCUCAGUAGAGUCAUAGUAAAGGACCUUAACAAUGAGCGGAUAUUCUACUUUAUAUCUGAGAAAUGGCUGGCUGUUGAAGAGGAGGAUGGAAAAGUGGAGAGAGAAUUCUUGGCCUUAGAGGGAAACCUCGGAUUCAAAACGGUGUUCAUGACCAAGGGUACUCAGUACCUGGCUGACUACCACCUGUGGAUGUCACCCUUUACCUGUCCCUCCUACAGUCAGUUCACGCGCACUCAGAGGCUGACCUGCUGUCUCACUCUCUUCACUGUCUACAUGUGUCUGAAUACCCUGGUCUACCACUACACCCACAAAGAGGUCACAAUUUAUAACAAAUAUAAUGUACUGGACCUGUCCUGGAGCAGUAUAGCUAUCGGAGCAGUCUGUUGUGUUGUAGCCAUUCCUCUCAAUUUUCUGUUAUCCUUCCUCUUCAGGAGAAGCAAGUUAGUUCCUACAGACAACAAUAAGACUUCUUCAGCAGACGAUAAAGAUGAGGACGCGUAUCCCAGCGGGAAACCGAUAUUUUCGCACUCUAAACUGAAGUUAAUUGUACAGCCGAUCAUGACGUGGACUUUAUUGACAUUACUGGACCAAUCAAUUCUUAACUGGCCAGCCAUUCAGGGUUGGGCACAGAAACAGUGGAUUAAACGGCAGCAUACAACAAUAAAGGAAUGUCCCUCUUCAACAACAGAUACCUUACUAAACAGAUUGAUAGGUUCGGAUACCGACAUGGCGUCCAGUGGAUUUGAGGACUCGAACAGCACAGAUCCACGUCCUCACGUGACCAGUAGCUCACCUGUCAGUAACUCACCCUCCAACAGCAUAAAGAACAAGACAUCCUCAGAAAGCAGUCAAACUCCCAGUAAAUGUCCGGCAGCUUCUAAGAAGAACCCUAGCUCGCGCCUGCUCCUACCCACAUGGAUGACGUACGUGGCCUGGUGUCUGUGUGUCGUCAUUAUCGUCUGCUCGGCGGUGGUCACAGUGUGGCUUGGUUUCAGGUUUGACGAGGUCCGCAGUGUCCUGUGGUUGCAGUCCCUCUACAUCAGUCUACUGGCCUGUGUCUUCCUGGUCCACCCUAUCAUUAUUGUGUUGGCAGUCCUGUACACCCUCCUGAGGUAUCGCUGUGACCCUACUACACUGGACCAUUAUGAAGAGUCGUAUUUCGGGGAAACUGCAGAGAGGGAGAUACAGCGCAGGAAGAAGGAACAGUUGUGUGAGAAUGGGAGCGAGGCUGAGGAGCUGGAAAAGGCUGUGGCCGCCCGCCAGAGAUCUAGGUAUUUACGAUUUGCCAGACCUCCACAAGAAAAACAGCUGAUAGAAGCCCGAAAAAACGUCAUGAAAGAGAAGAAGGCCAUUUCCAUUCUCCUAGAUGUUGUCUCGCUGCUAGUAACGUUUCUUAUCGUGUCUGUGAUGGCGUACGGUAAAGAUGUACAACCAGAGUAUCAUCUGAACAAAGCUGUGUAUAACCACUUUAUAAGAGAAGGCAGUCCGAACUUUGCUUCCAUAAAGAGUAGAGAAGAGUGGUAUGAAUGGGCGUCAACAUCUCUGAUAGACAAAAUAUACGUCAGUAAUUCAGGCAGGAAGCAGAAACCGAUUUUAAAAGGAACUAGUUAUAUAAUCGGAGACGUGCAAUUAAGAAAAGUUAAGGAAGAAGAGAGAGGGUGUGCUGACAUGAGUUCACUCCCUUAUAUGUCUCUAAAGUGUAGAAAGUUAUCCUCAUCACGUGAACAAGAUGGAGAUAACGACACCUAUAGCGGGAAAACUUCACCUUACCUGUUGUUUGGGCGCCAUGGUAUCUAUGACAACUCAGGAUACGUUCUUAAGUUAGAUCACUCAAGACAUCAAGCUUGGAAUCAAAUACGAAAUUUAACCUCUACAAACUGGAUAGACGUGUAUACUAAAGCAGUUUUCAUCGAAUUCACUCUGUUCCACCCUCCUUCUGGUCUGUUUACUUCCGUUAUCAUGUUUCUAGAAAUACCGGAUACGGGUCGAGUGUUUCCUAGCAACAGUAUCAGCUCUACCUAUCUUUAUAGAUACACAUCAAGGGCAGACCACUUCGUCUUGUUUUGUGAGGUGAUAUUCAUCUUGUUAACCGUGUGGCGAUUGAAGAUGGUGGUUUGCCAGGCCAUUAAGCUCCGUUCGAGUUUCCUUCAAUGUGGCUGGGAAAUCCUUCAGGGUAUCCUUUGUGUGGUGUCGGUGACCUACAUAGGAUGUAGUGUGUACAGAUACUUUCUUGUGUCAGACGUCCUGGAGCUACAACAGAGUACCUACAAUGAAGAGUUCGUUGACGUUUCCUUCAUUACGUUCUGGGACGAGAUGCUGCGUUGUAUGGUGGGCUUUAUCAUGUUUAUCGUCAUCUUACAAUCACUUCGGCUUCUACGCUACGAGAGGAUGUUUCUUCUGUUCGGCAGAAUCUACAGUCGAGCUCACAAAGAACUGAAGCUUCUAGCGGUUCUGAUGAUAAUCCUAUUACUGGCCUUUGCUUCCCUCGGACACGCCUUAUUUCGGGCCUUCUUCCACGGUUUUGUGGAUUUUUGGAGCAGCAUUUUGACUGUUUCCGCCAUUUUUUCUGGGCGAUAUGUCGACUUGACGUCAGAACCCUCGCUCAUUCACGCUACCCGGAUUUUCAUCUUAUUCAGCACAGUGUUAAGCCUUGGUCUGGGAACAGCAUAUGUUGUUGUUUUUCUUACGUACCGCUUUCAUGUAAACAAGAGACGUCAACAUAAAAUGUCGGCUCUUUGUUGCCCUGAAACAUUCGCAUAUUAUUGGCGCAUGCUCCGUCAGAUGUCAGGAAGGUCGACCUCUGAUGUAAACAGUGAACCGGAAAUAGAACCGGAUAAUACACUUCCACCUGAAUUCACGAUGGCUGAGGUGGAGUACCAAGUAGAGGAACUGUUCUUCAGAAUAUCCGGUUUAUCUGGAUCACACGGUCUACCAGAGAAACCUAACAACUAUUUCACAGACUCGGACGGAACUUACACUGCAGGGGAUGAUGGGAUAUCUAGUGGUGGAUCUGAGGUACCAGAUGAGGAGAGAUUAGAACAUCGCGUCCAUCAGAUUGAGGACAACCUUUGCUCAGCAGAACCGUACCUGGCCCAGCUUCUGAAGAUAGAUAACAUCGGCGUACACGACCUGUCUAGGGAUCAAGAAAAUCAAAUCAGUUUAAAAUAUAUAUUUAAGACAUACGACAACCAAAAAGAUACUGCUAAAGCUAAGACUCACAAUGGGGAUGUAGAUCUAAAUCAAUUAAAUCUCAAACCGAACGUACAUACAGAAGGAAGUGACGCAGAACGCCGAUCCGCGGACGCUAGUUCCUCUAAUCCGGACUCCCCGGAAUCCAUGAAGAACUCCACAACAAAAGCCAAGAAAACCAUUCAGCGAGACCCGUCCCCGGAGAUCACACAAAACGUGACCAAGACCAAACCACAGGGACCAAAGGCAACCAAAAAACCGGAAUUACCCACAAAACCCACAUUUAUAAUGCAUGGACCAGUACGAGGCGCGCUGUCUACUGACGUCACCAAACCAUCCUUAAUCAGCAGUCCGACAUUACGACAACUCAAGUCAGAUAAAACGGGACUCCGAGGGGAGCGGGGCGGCGUGAGAGGUGAAAGUAACAGCGGAAGUAGUAUUACAGAGUCUAGUUCCGGGUCAGAACAGGACGCUAUACAUGGACAUAUACCCGCCAUUGGGAAACGGAACUUACGUAAGACAAAGUCCCGUGGUAAGGGGAAGGGACCCGUGAAUCUGUCGUCAGUUUUGUUAGAUGAAAUCGAAGGUGAACACCACCACACAGAGAGCAGUGGUAAUAUGGAGGACCAUUUUAUUAUUCCCGAGCACGAUCCACUAGAAGACGAGAAUGACAAUGUGGAUUUAGAAUCUUGAAUAAAUACAGAUGUUCUAUAAGUGAUAGGUGAAUAAAUACAGAUGUUCUAUAAGUGACAGGUGAAUAAAUACAGAUGUUCUAUAAGUGACAGGUGAAUAAAUACAGAUGUUCUAUAAGUGACUAAAUACAGAAUGAUGUUCUAUAGGUGAAUAAUUACAGAUGUUCUAUAAAUGAAUAAAUACAGAUGUUCUAUAAGUGAAUAAAUACAGAAACAUGUUCUAUAAAUGAACAAAUACAGAUGUUCUAUAAAUGAACAAAUACAGAUGUUAUAUAAAUGAAUAAAUACAGAUGUUCUAUAAGUGAACAAAUACAGAAUCAUGUUCUAUGAGUGAUACAUGUAAGUGCAUGAUACUGAUGUCCUAUAAGUGAAUAAAUACAGAUGUCCUAUAAGUGAAUAAAUAUAGAAU